AUGUCUUCUCCGCUUGCCGACCGUCUGGACCAUGGUGUUGCGUCGGGGAUCGAUGCCUCUGCGAGCGCUCCAGCUGCUGAAGCCGACGACAACCAGGUGUCCAACCGCUCCAGUCAACCACCAGCUGUGCGCAAGCUGCCGCCGCCCGAGAGCUCGGCAGACACGCGAAGACGGUCUCUCGUCGUCGCAUCUUUCUGGUUCAUCGUGCUGUGUCUCGGGCUGCCGAUAUGGUGGAAGACAACCACCAUAUACCGGGCGAAUCUGCCCCUGAGCCAGAUGACCGACUGGGCUGACGGCAAGACAUGCAGCCCGGUGUUCCCUCUACAGGUUUCCGUGGAAGCCCCUGCUUUGCAAGACGGCGAGGCCCAGAACCUGAUGCGAAUAACCCAAUACGCCCUCGAGACUAUGACCGACUUCCCUGGCUACCGGCUACAACUCGAGAUGCCACAGACUACCACCGCAGACCAGACGACCGACCCGAGUCGUGAAUCGAAUACCGCUCUUACCAUACGACUGCAACCGGGCGACGUUGCUGCGUCUACUCUCCAUCCACAUCUGCCUGUCCUCGAGGUCACGUACCCGCCCAGCUCGAUCCCUUCUCCUGAGUCUUCCUCCAACGGCUUUGCGACAUAUCUUGCCACGCAGCUUCGCUCGACCUUCGCCGAAGAACAGGCCAUCAUGUCCUACCUCCUUGCGACAUCAUCUAUACCCUCCGACCAACAACCACAGGGGUCCUCUCUAGAUACCACCGAGUCCUUGUCGAAGCGAAUGACACGGUCGCUGAAAUACUCGGGAACAUAUCACUUGACGUUCUCGCUAUUCACGAGCGGUCCUGCUCCCAGCAGCUGGGACAUCGAGGCGGCUAUCGACCAAUACAUGAAACCCGUGCUGGAUAUGUUGAAGCCCAUCCACAACUUCACAAUCGACACCCAGGUACAGCUCUAUGCAGCCCCGGGGGUGCACUCACAGGUGCUCAGCAAGGAAGAUCUCUCCUCGUUCAUCAACGCAGCUGAGUGGCCACUGUCCCCGGGCAUAGGUGGCGCGCCGACGGUCAACUUCGUCGUGUUCACUGGCAACCAGACCAUUGGCAUGGACUCGGAGACGGAGACGUCGCAGUCGUGGCUGAUUCCACAAUGGGGUUCUGUGUAUCUUCUGUCGCCACCGCCUGCGACCCAUGUCCCCUCCGACUUGCUGAAGCAGCCGAUCCUGACCUUCACAUCCCAUCUCCUGUCUCUCCUCGGUACCCCGCAGUCGGGGUCGUUGCCCAUGCGGCUGUCGACGCUCACGCGCAUUAGGUCGGCAGACUUGCUGCUACGUGCCUCCUCCUCGCUGGGGUCACUAGCGCGUCUCUCGCUGGCUCUGCCCAGCAUCUCGAUUCCGUCCAGUGUCGCUGACGGUGUAGCCAAGUCGAUGCACCAUCUUGAGCUGGCCUGCGCCAACCUGGGCAGCACCGAGAGCCUCGAGCACGCGCGCAUAGCCGAGGCAGAGGCAGAGCGUGCAUUCUUUGAGAAAAGUAUGGUCGGCCAGCUGUAUUUCCCGGACGAGCACAAAGUGACCGUCUACCUGCCCCUGCUGGGACCCGUGGGAGUUCCCCUGGUCAUGGGUCUACUCAGUGAACUAAAAGCCUGGAGGCAGAGGAGACAACAAAAGGCAAAGCUGUCUUAG